AUAAUUAUAGUGAAAGUAAGUGUUGAUAUAAGUUAGUGAGGUUUUUGUUUCAUAAUGUCAGACUUGGAGGUGCGGGUGGUGUCCAUUUUGCAGCAGAUGGUUGACGCUACAGUGAGUGAAAUGAAGAAAGUUAUGAAGAAGAGUCCACAAGAAGAGUCACGGAGCGAGGACAACAACAACGUGCACGAUGAGGUGGUCCUUCCUCUCAGCACAUUCAUGACGUCUCUGGCCCAAGAGGUGGCGGAGAAGAUCUGCCAGCUUUUCUACGAAUGUUCUUCUCUGCUUCGCUUUGAAGUGUCGCAGGGUGAAGCUGAGGUGGAGGAGCUGAGGAAGAGGCUGCAGGCGGCAGAGAGCGACCUGAGUCUGUUGCUGACAGUAGGUCACGUGGAGGAGACGGAGGAAGUAGAAGUCACCCUCGCCAAGGAGGAGGAGGAGGCUUGCUCCCCGCAGCAAUUAAAGAAGAAGCGUGGCCGAGCUGGUGGCGCCUGCGGGGUGAAAAGAUCGCCCAUUGUUCACCUGUGGAAGGGCAGAACUUGCGAGGAGAGUGUCCAUCCAGCACCAAUGGAGGACACAUGUGUUGUUGACCAGAGUUUAGAAGACACAGACGCCCACAAUCAGCAGGAAGAUGCAAGUACUGCUGGACACACGAGGACAUCCAAACGUGCAGUCAGAGCGCGCCAUGGCGUGUGCAGACGUGGCCUCACAUACAGCUGCCAGUUCUGCCACAAGAGCUUCAGCAUCAACGGCAACCUGCAGCGCCACCUGCGCAUCCACACGGGGGCGAAGCCGUUCAGCUGCGACACCUGCGGCAAAAGCUUCAACCAGUCGGACACGUUGAAGAGUCACCGGAGGAUCCACACGGGCGAGCGGCCCUUCGUCUGCAACACCUGCGGAAAGACCUUCAUCCAGAAGAGCGCCCUGAGAACGCACCAGAAGUUGACCCACGUCACAGACAAGACGCAGGCCUGCGUGGCGUGCGGCGCCGCCAUGUCCUGCGUCGACUUGCUGGACGUCCACCUGGACACGCACCGCGCCAGCGUCCCGUGCGAGUGCGUUCUCUGCGGCCGACACUUGGACUCCGUCACGGAGCUUCGCUCUCAUCAGCAAGGCCACAUAAUGGACAAGCUGCACACCUGCGGCCUCUGCGGGAAGAGCUUCAAGUCGCCAAGUUACCUAAAGAGUCACCUGAAGAUGCACUGCGGCGAGAAGCCUUUCACCUGCGACGUCUGCCUACGCUCCUUCACGCAGAAUAGCAGCCUCAAGUUACAUCAGGCGGUGCACACGGGAGAGAAACCCUUCGGCUGCAACACGUGCGACAAGCGCUUCAGCAGCCUGGGCAACCGGAACCGCCACCUGCGCAUCCACACGGGCGAGAAACCGUACAGCUGCAACACGUGCGGCCGCCGCUUCAACCAGAGCAACAGCCUGAAGGCACACCAACAGAUCCACACGGGCCAGAAGCCAUUCAUUUGUGACAAGUGUGGCAAGGUCUUCGCCUACAUGAGGAACCUGAGGGACCACAAGUGCUUCUACGUGUGACCCCGCCUGCGCUCUCUGCAAAGGUUAUCAAACAACUUUUACAGAAAUGACUUCAUCGUCACCUUUUUUAAUGAUUGUUAUACCAACAGACCUUCUGGUGCUGUUGGGAAUGUCCGAAAACUAGGAUAGCUGGGCCAAAAGCUAUGAUGGUUUUAAUUGAAUGUACAAACCCUGUUUCCAUAUGAGUUGGGAAAUUGUGUUAGAUGUAAAUAUAAACGGAAUACAAUGAUUUGCAAAUCCUUUUCAAGCCAUAUUCAGUUG